UUUCUACCAUCCCUGCCAAUGGCAGGGCUUGCUUUGGACUAUUAUACUUAAAGCUAUUAUUCUUAUCACCGGGAUUCAGUCAUGAACUUCAGCCGGCGACUUGCUUGUUUCCUUUGUACGUUUGCAUCUAUUGUAAGAAAUUUUCCUUUGUGACGUGGCUUGCUUGUUGCCUUGCCUUGCAUCUUCGCAAUGAUGAGCGUGUUUUUAUUCCCUGUUGAACUUGCUGCAUUUAGAUGGGCAGGAGUAUGCAUAUAUCCCUCAUCUGGUUGUUUUCAUUUACUUUGUCCAUUUCUCUCAAUUUUCUUCUUCCCCAUUCUCGACUUCUCCUCAAUCUACUCUUUCUUCUCUCUUCCGAUAUAUAUAUUCCGCGCAUUUGCGAUAAACCGAUCUGGCAGUUGAACCUACACCCACUCCACUUCCAAUCGUCGCCAUGUCUGGGACAGUGCGCUACAACAGUACAUUCUUAUCACCAUCAUCUAUUCAUCUUCAAAAAGCGCGGGGACUUACCUCUUCAAUUUUCUACACUACUGUCACCACCUUGCAGUCUUGCUCCUACUCUUAGGGAUCUUGUCCGUGUGUUCUUUCUACUAUACUGAGCGUUUUCGGAGUUAUUUUGAUCGGUUACCUCUUACCAUUUUGCUGUAUGUUUGUGUGUUUGAGUGAUUAGUAUUCACUAUAUUUCUCUUCUCUUCUCUCCCUACUAUCUACUUGUCCACC